UCAGCGGGGCGAAAGCGAGUUUUAUUUUCUGCAAAAAAAAAACCCCUUAUGGAUUGCUCUUCGCACCUGUGAACAGCGCGAUGACUACCCCUAUCUGUAGGUGCCGGGUCCUGUACCUUGGUUCUGCUGUCCCACACAUCACGAAGGAUGGAUUACAAGGCAUCCAGGAGCCUCUACGGGAUUUGUAUCCCGAGCAGGGUUCGUUCUCUGCCAAAGGCAUUGACUCGUGGCUCAGUGUUUGGAGCAAUGGGAUUCUGAUGGAAAAUGUGGAUGAAUCCAUGCGACAGGUGACUCGGUUUUUCAGCAUAGAAACUCUGCAUUAUUGUGCCGCAAUUCGGUAUGUGGUUGUGCCCGGUAAUAAUGGUGAGAGAGUGGAAAAGUUUUUGCCUUUGGAUAGUCCGUUUGCUCGAUAUGCAGAUCCCAGUCAUCCACCUUUGUUUGCCUGCAUUCUCCGACGUACUACCGGUAUAAAGGUUCUUGAAUGUCAUGCUUUUAUAUGCAAGAAAGAAGCAGCAGCUAAUGCUUUAGUCCGCUGUUGUUUUCAUUCUUAUGCAGACAACAUGCAAGCAAAACAACUCGAUGAGAAUCCUUACUACAUGGAAAAUAGGCGAUCGCAGUCACUGUCAGGUUUAAAUACUUUGGAGAAAGUGGAAGUGUGGCGUUCAAAAGGAGAGGGCUCGACAAUGACAAAUGUUUCAAAUAAUACUCAAAAGCAAGUUACGAAUGGAAUAAAACCUGUCCCGCCACCACGGAAUGGAGUGAGUAGUAAUCAAGACGAUGACAAUUAUAAAAUAUGGACCGGCAUCGCUCCAACAGAAAGAGAACUCUUGUACGUAGAUGCGACAGGAACGAUGCGCAGUUUGAAAUCUGCCACCGGAACCCUCAGAUCAGCUCAAGCAAAAAUUCGUCAGAUGGCUGCAGGUAUUCCGAGACCACCACCGCCACCAUCUCCAGGUCUUUUCAACGGGAAAGACAAAAACAACAAAGCUACUAAGCCUUCGAAAUCAAAAAACAAGAAAAAGCAAAAAGAACAACAACAGCAGCAGCAACAGCAGAUGCUUAUGAAUGGAUCUGCAAGAAUGAUGAAUGGAAUGAGACCGGUAUCUGUCAUGGGGCAUUAUGGGUCCAUCCCUCCUCCACCCCCUCAAGCUCAGUACAGAAAUCCCGGAUUUUACACUGAACGUAGGAUUCACAAGAAUGGGCGUCUUCCUAUACCUGGCCACGAAGAGCCUAUUUACAUGUCUGCGAACCGGCCUCUCAGCCCUGUUUCAACUUACCAACCAGCCGUAUUCCCCUAUGAACAGUACUUCAUGCAAUACGGAACAGCCCCUAGGAAUAUGCCUCUUCGCGAGGGUCAUAUGAGGGCUCGAGCGUCCCAUCAGACUUCUCAGCAGCACUAUUACCACCCCCAGACAUUCCACCCCCCGCCUCCUCCCGAGAAACCCUUCGUGGUCGAAACUCCUGAUUCACCAAACGAUAAGGAUACUUCAGGUGAUAGCAAAGAUGAUUCGCCUUUCAACACUGGGAUCUACAAGAAGAAAGGACAUCUCAACGAGAGAGCUUUUUCUUAUUCAAUAAGACAAGAGCACCGCUCGCGAUCCAAUAGCUUGGCCAGCCUUCAGUUCUUUGCCAACAAUGACUCUUUAGACAACGGCGGAGAUGGUCAAGAGCGCUCUAGAGAUGAGGAUAGGAAAGAAAGAGAGCUAGCACAACUGGUCAGUGGUCUGGAACUGAAGGACAAUGGAAUGCCUGGGACUACCUCCAGCCGUAGGGGGGAAUCCAACUUUAUAAAGAAAAAAUCCUUCGUCUAUCAAAGGUGAAGACAAUCGAUAUUGGUAACAUAAUAUCUCUGUGAAGAAACAAAUGAAAGAGAGGCUAUUACGCUGCUUUGCCAUAUGAGAGAAUAUUUGUCAUGGAACGUUUUCAAGCAUAUCGAACACACCAGAAACGUUAAAAGAAAUGUACCUG